CAUAAAAUAAACUUCCGUUGAUUCCAAAAGAGAGGACAGGCCAAGAACAACAACAAGAACCAACAAGAAACAUUAAUUUUGAUACCUUCAAAAUGAACAGAAAAAUGAAAUCAACUGUAGCAGCCGUCGCGUGUCUCUCGAUCACCACUGGUACCAAUGCAUUCUCUCCAGUAAUUUCUUCACAAAUGAGAACACAGUCGAUGGAUGCAACCUCUACCAGCAAGUACUUACCAAUUUCGAGGGUCUUCCAGUCGCCCCCCAUUAUGAUGUCUAAGACGGAAAUCUCACAAGGAGAGCCCGUCGAGAAUGUUUUUGAUACAGAAACUUCGGCCUUGGCAUCCUUGAUGGAAAAUGAAGAAAAUGAGAAAUCGUUGAACCCAACUCCUGCAUUGGUAUCCAUAUUGAAAAACGAAAGAGAGAAGCUUGAUGCGACAAAAAAUGACACUGGCACAAACGACGCGAAGCUGAGAGGCAUGCAAUCGGUGGCGGCCGCGCUAGCCUUUGCACUCGCCUUUAUGCCCGUUUCAGAAGCCGAUGCAGCUGCUACGGGUGGCAGAAUGGGUGGGUCUUUUUCCGCAGCACCCCGCCAGACCAUCUCGAGGCCGGCACAGAUGCGGACGUACUCGAGCCCCGGAUACUCUGCCCGUCCCCGCGUGACGGUUGCCCCGAGCAUCGGCAUCGGAUCGUACGGAUACGGAUACAGUACUCCCUACUUUUCUCCGUAUGUUUCACCCUUUGCCGGACCCCGCGUUUAUGGUGGAACGGGGGUCAUGACGGUUUCGCGCGGCCCGAGUUUUUUCGAUCUCUUGUUUUUUGGAGGCUUUCUAUUUGCGGUGAGCUCGAUCUUCCGCCAGAACAACGCCGUAUCCACCGAUGCCUGGACCUCCUCUUCGGUCGAUUGGGGCACCAGAUCGGCCGAGAGUGUGCUGGGUCCCGGUACCUCGGUGGUCAAGCUCAGCGUGGCGCUCGAGGUCUCGGACCGCGACGACCGCAACUCGAUUCUGAGCGUCCUAAACCGUCUUUCCCAAUCCGCUCGCACCGACAGCAGGAUCGGGAUCCAGAAUCUAUCGAGCCAGGUCGCCCUGGAGAUUCUCCGUCGCCGCUCGUCCAUCGUGUCGGCGAGCUCUUCCACAAAGCACUUUCGAAAUCGUGAAAAGGCGCUGCGGGACUUUCAAGACCGAUCAAUCAAGGAGCGCAGCAAGUUCGAAAACGAAACCGUGAGCAAGUACGGUGGCGUCGACUAUGCGGCUUCUUCGCCGUCGCUGCAGGGCUCGGGUGCUAAUGCCGGGAAUACGGAUAACGCCACGAUGGCCGUUGUGACUCUUGUCCUCGCCAUCGACGGUGAUUCCACCAAGCUAAACAAGAUCAACAGCAUCUCCGAUGUGGAGCAGGCUCUCCAAAAGAUUGCCGCGGAUUCAAAAGUAGGCGAUUGCUUGCAGAGCGCGGAGAUUCUCUGGACUCCCGAAGCCCGAAGCGAAACCCUUGGCAUCCGGGACGUGGUUGCCGACUAUCCAGAGCUCCGAUCCGUUUGAUAAGACAACGGAAACAGAGCUUUGAACGAAGAUUACACCAUGCCACACGGGACAUAACUCCGGUGCUUCAUACUAGAAGCCGAGCCGUCACCAAAGAGGAAGAACGGGAAAUCCAUGGGGUGAUGGAAGGGAGCAAAUCGUGUCAAAUUCAAAAGGGCCUCAUUCCCCUAGCGCAACCAACUACAGCAUUGCAGACACAAAAGGAACGAAAAGACAAGCACGUGGGCUGACGUUCUGGUUGACGCCAUUGAAACUUGUAAAAAAUACUUAACUACUGCUGCGUAAAAUUUCCG